AUGGGAGGGCGCGAUCAUGAUACGCUGGUUACCUCGGCGCUGAAGGGGAGGCGGCGACUGGGGGAGGGCGGUGGUGACAUGCACGCGAGGCUGGCACCGCUGUGGGACAUGGCGAGUCGCGUGGCGGUGAACGGGAGUGUCGUCAUCGUGUCCGCCAAUGCAGGCGAGUCGCCCAUGCAGGCGAGUCGCGUCGCAUGCGUGCUUCGUAUGUUGUCCCAUCGUUUUG